AUGCCUUCGGCUCCAAUCGGAAUCGCUCUUGUGGGGGGUAUUCCAACGAAAUCCCAAGAUCUCCCAAGGUGAGUAGGAUCUGACCCCAAGUGUUGCAUCAUACGUCCGACAAGACUACAGAGACCUGAUGAAUCGUAUUUGCGUACCCGCAUUCUGAAGCUCCAUCAUCUUCGCCAUCGCUUUCGCGUUCCUGGCUCCGUUGGCGAUCUAUCGAUUCUUGCAGCCGUCAUCGCGCACGACGACCUUGAUCCGACCGGCCAUCUUCAUCGUCGCCCGUAUCGCUACCUAUUGCAUCCGAGCCGUCAUCGCGGAUGGUGACUACGCGAUCGGUCUUUUCACCGCUGAACUUGCAAGUCCCUCGCUCGCUGUCAAUUCCGAGCUCGAGCGGUACCCUUUGGCGCCAGUCGAGUCAGGGUCAGGACGAAUGCUAAUUUUGACCACAUUCCCUCGCUUGUCAUAGAUCCUCCUUUUGACGGGAUUCAUCCUCCUGUGCGAACCUCUGCUCAGUAUGCUCGAAGCGCACGUCACACGCUACCGUGAACCUUCAAUCUACAACAAAGACUUGAUGGACCGUGCGGUGCGCUUGCUCAAGGUGGCGCUCCUCAUCGCCCUGAUUCUCGGCAUUGUCGUGAGUUCCCCUUGCGCCUUUGCUUUUCGCAUGAUAUGGUGAUAUCUAAUGCGCUUUCAUUCUACUCCACCUUUGAAAGGCCGGUUCUUCCUUCAGUGGUGUGGAGGAAGGAACGGGGAGUCUCUCGUCGUACAAAGCCGAGCGGUGAGUCACCUACCACGCCUCCUAUUCCCCUCUCUCAUCUCCCGCUCGAUCUCGUUUGCUCAUCCGAUGUGUCCCUAAUCUUUCUCUCACCCGCAGCAACGCGAACGUCAUCAUCUGUCUUGCCGUUGUCGUUCUCACCAUCGCCGUCUCUUUGAUCGCACAAGCACAACAAUCCCUCCCUAUGAGCGCGACUCUGCACCUGAUCGUUUGCGCGGCCCUGCUCGUGAGUUUUUGCGUUGACCCCUGUUCCCUGUGUCUCCUCGCCACGCGGAACUCAAUAACUCAAAUUACCCUUUAUCUUUCCCUUCAGGCCUUGAACGCCAUCUUUAAGCUCUACAUCUACCUCAACCCCGGCGACCCCUUGUCUACUCGCACCAAAGUGCUGUUCUACGUCCUCCUUUCAACGCCCGAGUGGAUCGUGACCUUGCUCUACCUCGUCUUCAACAUCCAGGAGUUGUACCAGCUGCAAGACCACUCCAAGAAGGUUAAGGAGGAGAAGAGAAUGAAGAAGGCGGCCAAGAAUGGUGGGGGAGCUUACGAUUUGGAACAAGGCAAGAGCUCUUUAUCCCGAUGA